AUGAAACACACCCACCGACCCGAAAUAAAAGCCAAAAGAGAAAGAAACUGUAAACUGACCAAGGACCCCCAACACCCACCCCUCCCGUUGGAAAAAAAAAAAAAAACAGAAGCCAUAACCGCAAACUUAAACACCCUCUCGCUCUCCGCCCGCGAACGCGCGGCCAAAGACGCCGCGAAAAAGGAAGCAAAAGCAGCCCUUGCGGAAUCCCGCGACAAAGAACGCAAGGCCGCCGCCAAAAUCCAAAUCCGCCGCGUCGAGCGCAAUAAACGAAAAUACGUCACCAUCGUCUCCGGGCUCGAGGCGCAUGGCCUGGAUAUCAAAAAGAUCGCGAAGGAAUUGGGGAAGAAAUUUGCGACGGGAAGCUCGGUGACGAAGGCUGUGUCUGGCGUAGCGUCGACGGCGCAGGGGGGUUCUGGGGAAGAGAUCACGGUGCAGGGAGAUGUUAGUGAGGAGAUUUUAGAAUGGCUAGUUAGUAAUCAUGGGGAUAAGGUGCCGGAGGAUAAUGUGGAGCUCGUGGAGGAUAAGAAAAAGAAGGCUGGGGCGGGCGGUUAA